AUGGAAAAGAAUCCACAAGGGAUUUCUGACGAGGCAAGGGAAGGCUACUGCAAGGGGAUGAUGAAACCUACGAAACGGGUUUCGGACAACAUACUCCCUCAUAUUCUUAACCUUUAUGCAUCCCGCGCCACAUUUAAGGACUUUGAAAUCUAUGUGCCUCAUGCAACCUUUGAAGACCCACUCAUGUGUGCACAUGGGGUGAACCAGAUUAAAUCAGCAUUCUAUUCACUUGCCAAGGUUGUGUUCAGUGAAUCAAGAAUCGUGGACUACAGCAUUAAAGAAAACAUAAUUGCACCAGGAAAUACAGAGAUAUUAAUCGACAACAAGCAAUUCUACAAGUUUUUGGGGAGAGACAUCAAUGUGAUAUCUCUCAUCAAGUUAUACACGGAGGAUGGAAAAGUUAUACACCAUGAAGACUGGUGGGACAAGAAACCAUUAUGGAAUAGAGAGACAGUGAGAGUGCCACUCGCUGGGCGCAUAAUUGAGGCGACCAGACGAGCAUCAAUGUUGGUAACUCAUGCUUUGAUGAGGUUUGGAAAAGAUCCACCCAUGUAA